AUGGAUACGCCUGACGACGUAAAUACAUUGAAAAUUCUUUUUGAAGAAGGAGAUGACGAUGACGUUUUGCUGUUAUAUUUGUCGGAAGAAGAAAGAAAAGGCCGUGAUCAAUUGUUCACAAAGAGAAGUACGGAAGGUUAUUAUGAAAUACUAAUCAACGGUCAUUUGAAAAAUAANGNACCGUUGCGCGGUCGGCGAACGCGAUCGACGAACUGGACGACCGCGUUCGCAUCGUCUCGGUUUAUCCCGAACGGUUUUACGCCGCGGUCGAGAGUAAUUCAUAACUCAUCGUUCAGUCGCACUUAAUAUUUUGACGUGCGGAGUACUCUAGUGGACGGUAUAAACGAACGCACUGUGAAUUUUUAAGCCACAAUGGAUACGCCUGACGACGUAAAUACAUUGAAAAUUCUUUUUGAAGAAGGAGAUGACGAUGACGUUUUGCUGUUAUAUUUGUCGGAAGAAGAAAGAAAAGGCCGUGAUCAAUUGUUCACAAAGAGAAGUACGGAAGGUUAUUAUGAAAUACUAAUCAACGGUCAUUUGAAAAAUAACGAAAUCGAAUUUCGAGAAUUUUUUAGAACGAACCGUAAUCAGUUUGAUUUUGUUUUAAAUUUAACAAGAGACGACCUAGCCUUAAAUCCGACUUUUUUUUUUUUUAUAAGGAAACCAAUAACUUCAUCUUCUACUUUGCUAAAUUCGGUCGUUGGAGCACUCAUCGUUGAAAGACACGACCAACGUCAACCAGCAGUCAAACAUAAAUGA